AUGGACCAAUUAAUAGCUCCGGACCACAAUAGGUUAUCGAUCGCGCAACAACCAGAACAGCGAUCAGCGGAACAACCGCAACAGCAGUCAACACCAUCAAUGAUCAACCAGUCAACAUCAACAUCCGAUCUAGAAAUUACAGGCGUAGUAAACGCAUCCAUCAAUACAACAGACAUUCCAGAUCCGCAAACUCCACCCAGAAAUAUCCAGACAACAGCAUCGACCUUUGUUACAGCAGUAGCACCGCAGUUGAGUAUUGGCUAG